AUGUCGGAUUCCGAGUCUCUGUUCAAUUUCAAUGUACCUAAUCAAGUGCAAGAAAAUUAUGGGAAACAAGUUGCUGAAGGAUCGGGUGCAUCAAGAAAGCGAACAAAAGAAAACGAAACAUAUUCGUACAUCAAAAUUCCUGCCGUUGGGCGAAAAGUUAUCAAAUUAGAAAUUUAUGAUGCAGACCAGUUUAAAAGCGAAGGACCAAACCCCGUGUUCUUUGACAGGCAAAUCAAGUUCCUGGCCACGCACCACUUCGGCGGGUUCACGCUGAACUCGACCGCGGAUUACUACCGGGAGCACUUCCCGCUGCUGAAUCAGACGCAGAUGGCCCAGAUGAACGUCACGGAGUGCACCAUCGGCAGGCAGCUGGAAGAGGCGGCCGAAGGCACCGGACUAGCUUUCAUAGUAUUCACACAAGCUAUCCUCAAGCUGACUCCAGCGCCGUUCUGGUCGAUCACCUUCUUCCUGAUGCUCCUGUCCCUCGGUCUCGGCAGCCAGAUCGGCAUCAUGGAGGGCAUGCUGUGCACCAUCUUCGAUAUCGACUUCUUCAAGCGACUGAGCAAGCCGGUUAUCACAGGCGUGGUGUGCGUAUUCUGCUUCCUGGUGGGUCUGAUCUUCACAACUGGCGCGGGCGAGUACUGGCUCAAGAUGUUCGACUCCUUCGCCGGCACCGUCGGGCUGGUGGUGGUCGCUCUCAUGGAGAUGAUAGCGGUCAUCUACAUUUACGGACACGAGCGGUUCACCAACGAUAUCUACGAGAUGACGGGCUACAGACCAGGACUGUACUGGCAGAUCACCUGGCGCUACGUCGGGCCGUUCAUCGUGUCCGGGAUCCUGGUCUCCUCUAUCGUGUCUAUGCUUAUCAAGCCGCCAGAGUACAGCGCCUGGGACGCUGCCGAGGGUCACACAGUGAAGAAGUCCUACCCGGACUGGGUGCUAGCCAUAGCCGUCGUCAUGAUCCUGGCUGGGAUCCUGCCGAUCCCGGUGGUUCUCCUGCUGCGCCGCUUCCAGUGCCUGGCGCUAGACGUGGACAUCCACCAGGGAUCCAUCCGACGCAUCGAGACCACCGUCUCCACCAAAGAGAUGAUGAGCGACCAGGAUGUGCUCUCUCCUGAGACGGCGCCGCCAGCGCCGGCGCAGUUGGUAGCGGACGCAGCCGGAACUAAGUUCACCAUUGGAGACUUCGAUGGCGUCGAUAGCAGCGAAGAGAGAGCGAGCAAGCGGCCGCCAGCUAGCAUCGCUCGCAGCAGACCGAAGAAAUAAAUUCUUCAGACUCGGAGGGCGAGAUCCGUCCGUCCGGCCGCUUCGACGACUCGAGCUCGAGUGACGAAGAGAUACUCAACACCGGAAACGGCCGCCGACUGGCGAUGAAGCCGAUUGGCCGGAAGCCCACCGCAUUCAAGAUGGACGUCGUCGACGAAUGACCGUUGGUUUUGAAUGUUUACUUUAUUUUUAUGAUGUCUUAUGUUUGGUGCUCAAUAGUAACGCUUGGAGUAUGAAAUUCAAUGAAUUACGACACUUUAACCUUUUAUGGGGCUCUGUCAUAUUGCCACCAUAAUUUAAGCCUUCUAAGGUCAAAAACCAAUGAC